CAAUAAUCUACAUAAGUAAAAGUUUUUUGUGGAGAAGGAGAUAGAUUAAAUUUCAACCUCAAAGUGACCAAAAGAAAGGUCCAGUUUCAAUUCAAGCACACAAUUCUUGUGACACGUGUCAUUCAACCAAUCUUGAGUGUGUGGCCGUUAGUCAUUUGAAAAACCAAUCCUCACAAUAUCCCCUUUGGUACACUCAAAACUCUUCCUCUAUAAGUUCUCUCCUUUCCCAAAAUUUCGACUUUAGGAGAAUAACACUGCACUAUUACAAUUUCUCUUUUCAAAAUCAAUCUUUUGAAGUCUAACUACUGCCGCCCCAUCUCGGACGAAACCGAUGGCCGCCGCUGUGUCCACCAUCGGAGCCGUUAACCGAGCUCCAUUGAGCUUAAAUGGGUCAAACAAUGGAACCAGUUCAGUUCCAAGCUCAAGCUUCAUGGGAAACAGCUUGAAGAAAGUUGUGAACACAUCCAGAGUGAACAACUCCAAGGUUUCAGCUGGGAAGUUUAAGAUUGUUUCAGCGGCGGCUCCAGAUGAGGACUCAAAGAAACAGACAGACAAGGACAAGUGGAAGGGUCUUGCUUAUGACACAUCAGAUGACCAACAAGACAUCACCCGAGGAAAGGGUUUGGUUGACUCACUCUUCCAAGCUCCCAUGGGAACUGGAACUCACUACGCUGUACUCAGCUCUUAUGAAUACCUCAGUACUGGACUUCGCCAGUACAACUUGGACAACAGCAUGGAUGGUUUCUACAUUGCCCCUGCUUUCAUGGACAAGCUUGUUGUUCACAUCACCAAGAACUACAUGACUUUGCCAAACAUCAAGGUACCUCUUAUCUUGGGUAUUUGGGGAGGCAAGGGUCAAGGAAAAUCUUUCCAGUGUGAGCUUGUGUUUGCCAAGAUGGGAAUCAACCCUAUCAUGAUGAGUGCCGGAGAAUUGGAAAGUGGAAAUGCCGGAGAGCCAGCGAAACUGAUCAGGCAAAGGUACCGUGAAGCCGCAGAUAUCAUCAAGAAGGGAAAGAUGUGUGCCCUCUUCAUCAACGAUCUCGAUGCUGGAGCUGGUCGUAUGGGUGGAACCACCCAAUACACAGUCAACAACCAGAUGGUCAACGCCACCCUCAUGAACAUCGCCGAUAACCCAACCAAUGUCCAGCUCCCCGGAAUGUACAACAAGGAAGAUAACCCACGUGUCCCCAUCAUCGUCACAGGUAACGAUUUCUCCACCUUGUACGCUCCUCUCAUCCGUGACGGUCGUAUGGAGAAGUUCUACUGGGCACCCACCCGUGAAGACCGUAUUGGUGUCUGCAUUGGUAUCUUCAAAACCGACAAUGUCGCCACCGACGAUAUCGUCAAGCUUGUCGACACUUUCCCAGGACAAUCCAUUGAUUUCUUUGGUGCGUUGAGGGCGAGAGUUUACGACGACGAAGUGAGAAAGUGGAUCGCAGGAGUGGGAGUGGAAACCAUUGGGAAGAAGCUUGUGAACUCGAGAGAAGGACCACCAACAUUCGAGCAACCAAAGAUGACAAUUGAGAAGCUGUUGGAGUAUGGAAACAUGCUUGUGCAAGAGCAAGAUAACGUGAAGAGAGUUCAGUUGGCCGACAAGUACUUGAGCGAGGCUGCUCUUGGUGAGGCUAACGAAGAUGCCAUUAAGAGUGGAAGUUUCUACGGCAAAGCAGCCCAACAAGUGAGUGUUCCUGUGGCCGAAGGUUGUACUGAUCCCAAUGCUGAGAACUUCGACCCUACUGCUAGGAGUGAUGAUGGUAGCUGCCUCUAUACUUUCUAAGGCGUUUUCUAUCGCUUUUUACUUUUUCCUUUUUCGUUUUUUUUUUUUUUUUACCUUUGAUUUAUGUGGAGGAGCUUCUUUUGUAAGGAUGAUCGAUAAUAAGUAAAACAAUAUUAUUGUUUAUGUUGUUUUUACCUUCGGUUUGAUGGGUUAUACGUUGAACAAAUUAAAAUAAUUUCAUUUUGGUGUUGUA